AUGGGCGCGGGCGCAUUCCUCGAGCCUCUGGCCGUGGUCGUCCUCCUCUUUGGCGGUGCUUGGAUCAACCGAGCGCCGGAUUCCUUUUCGUCCUCGCGAAGUCCUCUCACCUUCUCGGUCGAGGAAGAUGAUCACGACGUCCCUGACCUUCCCCUCGCUCGCGCAGUCGACAGCGGCGCAGAUGCGGACAUUGAAAAUCUACACAUAUCCCGAUCGAAGAGAUCUCUGAGCCCAUCUCUGUUACCAAGUCAAGAGGACAAAUGGCGGGAGCGCGAGCUGAAGAUACCUUUGUUGGGAUACCGAAGGGUGGUUCAGACACCGAAUACAGCAAUGUUCAGACAUAGACUACUCAGCAGAAUAUUGCACAAGUUUCCAUUCUUGGUCGAAGCCUGGUACUGGGCUCUGAUAUACUGGGUCUACCAGCUCGGCCGAGCAUUCACUGCCCUCAGCUUGGUCGAGGGAACAGUGAACGUUGCGCGCCGACAUGCGCUGCAAGUCAUCGAACUCGAACAGCGACUGCACAUCUUCUGGGAACUUCCUGUCCAGAAAUUCUUCAUGUCCUACCCGCGCUUGAUGAUGUCAAUCAACUGGCUGUACAGCUUUAUCCACAUUCCUGGCACCAUCGCCUUCUUGGUGUGGUUGUACUACUAUACCAUCACUAGGAACCGGCUGAUUCAACGUCGUGCGGCUGCUCAGUCAAGUGGGAAAAGAGGUGACGCCGUAUCAGUGGGCUCACCUUCAGGACCAUGGCUCUACGAGGCGCGCCGACGGACAAUGGCAGUUUGCAAUUUGCUUGCCUUCAUCGUUUUCACUCUUUGGCCUUGCAUGCCACCUCGGUUGCUGAGUGACCCGGAAUAUGAUGGACCCCAGGCUGAAAUCUCCAAGAGCUUCGGGUUUGUUGAUACUGUGCAUGGUAAAGAAGGCGCAAGUUCGGUGUGGACGCAGAAUCGGUUCUGCAAUCAAUAUGCGGCAAUGCCCUCCCUGCACUUUGGCUAUUCCCUCUUGAUCGGCGUCACUAUCAUGACGAUCCCCUUGGCCCCCGAGAACUCGCAGCCCUGGAAGAUCGUUCAUCUUCCCAUCUUCAAUAACUCUCACCCCAACCUUGCGCCUCACAUUCGGCUGCCGAGCACGCGGCGGAUGCUCUGCCUUGCCAUCGGCUUCUUGUACCCCUUUUCCAUCCUGACGGCCAUCGUCGCGACGGCGAACCAUUUCAUCCUCGAUGCGGUGGCGGGCUCCAUCGUGUGCUGCCUGGGCUGGAAGUUUAACGAUGUGCUCUUAAACCUGCUCGUGCUGGAAGAUUGGUUUCUCUGGUGCUUGAGGAUUCACAAGCCUGUCCAGGUACCGCUGGAGGCUGAGAGGCAAGCGAAAUCAUCAACAGGACUUGGGAUCAACAGAGAGACUGGAGGCUGGGAGCCGGAGAAGAGGCCUGUUGUGGCGAGUGCUGCUUGA